AUGGCGGCGGCGAGGAGCCUGAGCGCCACGGCUCAAACGCUGGCGACGGCGCUCGUCGCGGGCGAGCGGCGAGCGCUGAGCAAGGCGAUCACGCUCGUGGAGUCGACGCAGCCUGCGAGCCGCGAGGCGGCGGACGAGCUGCUCUCACUCGUCCUGCCGCAGCGCGACGCGUCGCGCUGCCUUCGGCUGGGCAUCUCGGGGCCGCCGGGCACCGGCAAGUCGACGCUCAUCGAGUCGCUCGGCCUCGAGCUCGCCUCGCGCCGCCACCGGCUCGCGGUGCUCGCCGUCGAUCCGUCGUCGCACCGGAGCGGCGGCUCGGUGCUGGGGGACAAGACGCGGAUGCCGCAGCUGUCGGCCAACCCCGCCGCCUUCAUCCGCCCGUCGCCCGCGCAGGGCGUCCUCGGCGGCGUCGCGCGCCGGACAGAGGACGUCGCGCUGCUGUGCGAGAGCGGCGGGUACGACCGAGUCGUCGUCGAGACGGUGGGCGUCGGGCAGUCGGAGGUGGUGGUGGCGGGGCUGGUGGACAUGUUCGUGCUGCUCGUGCCUCCCGGCGCGGGCGACGGCUUGCAGGGCAUCAAGCGCGGCAUCCGCGACACACGGCUCCCGCCUCCGCCUCUCGAGCACACGCGCAUCAUGGAGCUCGCAGACCUGGUCGUGGUGACCAAGUGCGACGGCGCGCUCAAGCCGGUCGCCAAGGCGGCGGCCCAGGACAUCCGGGCAGCCCUGUCUGUCCUGCGGCCGCGCGACGCCGCCUGGGCGCCGCGCGUGAUCACUUCGUCGAUGCACGACCCGGGCAGCGCUGCCGCGGUGGCAGACGUGAUCGAGGAGUUCAGAGCGACGAUGGGGCGUGCGGGGGCGCUGCGCGCGCGCCGGGCGGAGCAGGCCGACUCUCGUGUCUGGGAGCACUGCUCGGAAGCCCCUUCCUCCUGCGCCUUCCCUGAACCUUCCCGGAGCCUUCCGGUAGGCGGUCUCGCGCGUCUGGGAGCACGCGCGCGCCGACGUGCUGCACCGGCUCGGCGGCAUGCCAGGCGUGCAGGCGCUCAUCGGUGA